CUCAAAUUUGUGUCUCCAAAGCCGCUUAUCUUGCCCAUUUCUUUGUUUCUCUCUCUUCCCCCAUCUAAUCCCAUUUUGUUCACAAAACAAGAGAUAGAGAGAGAAAGAGAGGUUGAGAAGAUCAAGAUAGAGUUUUUUUGUUGCCAUGGCAUUUGCAGGAACAACCCAGAAAUGCAUGGCUUGUGAUAAGACUGUGUAUUUGGUUGAUAAGUUAACCGCUGAUAAUAGAGUCUACCACAAAGCUUGUUUUAGAUGUCAUCACUGCAAGGGAACCCUCAAGCUUGGGAACUACAAUUCCUUUGAGGGAGUUUUGUAUUGCAGGCCACACUUUGAUCAACUCUUCAAAAGAACUGGCAGCCUUGACAAAAGCUUUGAAGGAACACCUAAAAUUGCAAAACCAGAGAAACCAGUUGACACUGAGAAACCUCUGGCGAACAAAGUUUCAAGUAUGUUUGGUGGAACAAGAGAAAAAUGUGUGGGAUGCAAAAAUACUGUCUAUCCAACUGAAAAGGUGUCAGUGAAUGGAACUGCAUACCACAAGAGCUGUUUCAAAUGCACCCAUGGAGGAUGCGUUAUCAGUCCCUCAAACUACAUUGCACAUGAGGGGCGUCUUUACUGCAAACACCAUCAUAUCCAACUCAUCAAGGAGAAAGGCAACUUAAGCCAGCUAGAGGGUGAUCACGAGAAGAAUUCCAUAGAAACAUAGUUCAAUGAGAAUAUAGUCUCUCCUGGUUUUGCUUUUCUGUCUUGUUUUCUUUUUUCCACCUCUGUUUUUGGUGUACUACUUCUGGAGUUAAACUGGA